UAUGGGUGGGAUCACUCAGUUCACAAAAGGAAAAGGCUCCCCCCAGUGAAAAGGUCUCUGGUGUACUACCUGAAAGGUAGAGAGGUCAGGAUGCAGGAUGAGUCCAGCUAUCACCGCUUGUUGCAUGAAUACGCAGCCCAGCAGCUUCCCAGCCUCCUGAAGGAGAGAGAAUUUCACCUUGGAACCCUUAACAAAGUGUUUGCCUCCCAGUGGCUGAACCAUCGACAAGUGGUGUGUGGGACAAAAUGCAACACAUUAUUUGUAGUAGAUGUCCAGACUGGUCAAAUUACCAAGAUUCCUAUUCUGAAAGAUCGUGAACCUGGCAUGGUGAACCAGCAGGGAUGUGGUAUUCAUGCCAUUGAGCUCAACCCCUCCAGGACCCUUCUGGCCACCGGUGGAGACAACCCCAACAGUCUCGCAGUUUAUCGUCUGCCUACACUCGAUCCUGUCUGUGUGGGAGAUGAUGGACAUAAGGACUGGAUAUUUUCAAUUGCAUGGAUCAGCGAUACUAUGGCCGUUUCUGGUUCCCGGGAUGGUUCUAUGGGUCUCUGGGAAGUCACAGAGGAUGUGUUGUCCAAGAGCGAUGCCAGACAUAAUCUCUCUCAAGUUCCUGUCUAUGCCCACAUAACACACACGGCUCUGAAGGAUAUCCCAAAGGAGAACACCAAUCCCGACAACUGCAAAGUCCGAGCAUUGGCUUUCAACAAUAAGAACAAGGAGCUGGGAGCUGUGUCCCUGGAUGGGUAUUUUCAUCUUUGGAAAGCAGAGCACACACUAGCAAAGUUACUUUCCACAAAGUUGCCAUACUGCAGGGAGAAUGUGUGUUUGGCUUAUGGUCAGGAGUGGUCAGUGUAUGCAGUAGGAUCACAGGCACAUGUCUCCUUUCUGGAUCCCAGGCAGCCUUCUCACAACGUUAAAUCCGUCUGUUCCAAAGAACGAGGCAGUGGUAUUAGAUCGGUCAGCUUCUAUGAGCACAUCAUCACAGUGGGAACAGGGCAAGGUUCCCUCUUGUUCUACGAUAUCAGAGCCCAGAGGUUCCUGGAUGAAAAGCCCCCACGUGGCUGCUAUGGGCAGAAGGAGAAAUUAGGAGGAGGUGAAAUUUUGAAGUUGACUACUGGGAAAGGCUGGCUGAAUCAUGAUGAAACCUGGAGGAAUUAUUUUUCUGACAUAAAUUUCUUCCCAAAUGCUGUUUACACCCACUGCUAUGACUCGUCUGGAACAAAACUCUUCGUGGCAGGAGGCCCUCUUCCAUCAGGACUUCAUGGGAAUUACGCUGGUCUCUGGAGCUAAUGAUAACUCUUUAUAAAUGCUGAUCUUUACACAGAUUUCCUCUUUUCUUUUCCUUUUUUUAACAACAAAAAUGUGUGAUGCCAUUGAUUUCUGAUUUAAAUGUAAGUUAUUUUUUGGCAGAGAUUUCUGUUGGUCUCCAACAGUUUUGUACAUCUUUUUGAACCAGUUUUUUGCUUUAACCUCCUUGAUCCUUUAUAUGAAGAGUUUUUGAAAUCCCUUUUUAUUGUAUUUGCUCCAAAUGACUCUUCCCCCACGUUUAGGCUAUCUUGCCUGUGUGCCCUCUCCCCUACUUUGCUGUGAGGUAGGAUUCCUUUCUUAUAGAGUGGUUGCUCCUGGGCUUUCUGUGAAAGUCUAGGGGCUGCGUGUGUGCAGGUACUUUGUGUCAGUUACAUUACCUGGAGUGAGGACUACUUGUAA